UGAAAUGUCAUAAGGGCAAUUUACAAAAUGUGAAAUCAAUGUUAAAAAGCAAUUAAACCAAAACCCUGUAGGAAUAAUAUGUUUCGUCUCCUGAGUUAGCCAGUAAAUGAAAGCAAAGGAAAGCAGCGAUAAAAUGUUGAAGAUUCUCUAGCACAGACAUCAACUAAUAAAAGAAGACAUGAUCUAUGCUAUAAAUGUUGAAUGCAUAUAAAAUGGAAAACAAUAACCAGGGUCUGUUGCCACCGAUGAUAAAAAAUGAGCAUGAAGAGUCGAUGCACAACUUCUACAAUGACUACCUCCAGAUAAACCUGAAGGUGGACUACCCGAGUCCACCACCACCUGUACUGGCUGUACCCAAGAAGGAGGUGGUUCAGCAGAUAAAGUUCCAUUGCGAGUACUGCUCAAAGGGCUUCAGCACGAAAGGUAAUUUAAUUGUACACACCAGGACGCACACAUUGGAGAAACCCUAUGUGUGCAAUGUGUGCGGCAAGUCAUUCACAGCCAAGGGCAACCUCAACACACACAUGAUUUCUCAUUCCAAUUUGAAGCCGUUCACUUGCGAGCUCUGCAGCAAAGGCUUCACAACCAAGGGCAACCUGAUGGUGCACAUGCGUUCGCACAACAAUGAAAAGCCCUUCGGUUGUGACGUCUGCCCGAAACGGUUCACGACGAAGGGCAACCUGAUCACACACAGUAUGAUCCACAAAGACAUAAAACCAUUCAAAUGCGAGUUCUGUGAUAAACAGUUUGCAACCAACAACAACUUGAUCAUACACAAAAGGACGCAUACGAAGGAGAAACCGUUCGUGUGCAAUAUCUGUUUUAAAUUAUUUCAUAGCAAGGGUAAUCUUAUGUCGCACGUGAAGCACCGGCAUCCACAAGACGGAAGCGGGAACUUGAUUAGUACAAAUCAAAAUCAUGUUGGAGGGCAGAUGCACGCGCCGCCGAUGGUGAUGGGAAUGGGGCUGGAACCAAUGAAGAAUAGUCAUCUAAUGAUGCAUUAGUACGCUAAA